AUGGCCUCAUUUGGUGUAUAUGUUCUUCCAAGCUUCUUUGUCUUGGCACAAUGUCAUUACGGUGUCACGCCUCAGUUGUCCACUAUACCAUUUGUUAUCGAAAACGAGGGUCGUGCAGAACGUGUUUAUGAUAUUUACAGUCGACUGCUUCGUGACAGGAUUGUCUGUGUUAUGACGCCAAUUGACGAUCAGAUUGCUUCUGCCAUCAUUGCGCAAUUACUGUUCCUGCAAAGUGACAGUAGCAAGAAACCAAUUCAUAUGUAUAUAAACAGUCCAGGUGGCAGUGUCACAGCUGGGCUGGCUAUCUAUGAUACUAUGCAGAUGAUCACAGCACCAGUGGCGACGUGGUGUGUAGGGCAGGCCUCAAGCAUGGGCUCAUUACUGCUUUGUGCUGGCGAGAAGGGAAUGCGUGCUGCUCUUCCGAAUUCGAGAAUCAUGGUCCAUCAGCCCAGUGGAGGCGCCCAGGGUUCAUGCUCCGAUAUUCUCAUUCGUGCUGAGGAAAUUCAAAGGUUGAAAAAGCGCACUCAGGAAAUCUACGUCCACCAUACUGGACAACCUUAUGAGGUUAUUCAAGAAACGCUGGACCGUGAUCGUUUCAUGAGUGCAUUGGAAGCGAAGAACUUUGGACUUGUUGAUAAGGUGGAAUCUCAUGGAGGAUCGAUGCCUUCAGAAUAGCUUUUGUUUACUGUUAUUAUCAUUCCAUAAUAUGUGUUCGCAAAUUUGUAGGUGCAAUUACGGUUUUCUUGUAUUGUUAUUGGAUCAGGCAAUGAAUAUCAUUAUUUUUUUACU